AUGCUUGCCAAAAAGCGGUGGAUUAAAGGCUACGUGACAAGCGUUGGAGAUGCGGACAACUUUCGCGUCUAUCAUACGCCGGCGUUUGGCUGGAGAUGGCCGCUUAAGUUCAGACGCAUUCCGACCGCAAGCAGAGAAUUAAAGGAUCGGACGAUACACAUACGCUUGGCAGGUGUCGAUGCGCCUGAGGCUGGGCAUUUUGGCCGACCGGCACAGGCAUAUGCUCAAGAGAGUCUGGCAUGGCUCAAGAACCAAACUGAAGGAAAGAUGGUCUACUGCCAACUUCUCAGGCGGGACCAGUACGGCCGUAUUGUUGCCCAUCCACACCUCAAGCCAUGGCUUCUCCCUGCCUUCCUCUCGCGUGGAAAAUGCGUGCCACUGGAGAUGCUCCGCGCCGGCUGGGUCGGAGUGUACGAGCAAGCCGGCGCCGAGUAUGGCCAUGGUGGGAAGGAGGCAUAUAUGCGCAUACAAAGUGAGGCGCAAGCGGCACGGCGCGGUAUGUGGAAACACGGUACCGACGGAGAGACUCCUGCAGAGUACAAGCGUCGGUACUCUUCGGGCGACGCGAAGGAUACUCCGACGAGUAAAGAAACGCCUACGACAUCGAGAACUAAGUCUUCGAGGGAAGGAUGGUUUCGCCUGCUGUUGAAACGAGCGUGGAAGAAGUGA